AUGGAGAACAGAAAUCAAGAGAGCCACCGCGCAAUUGGCGACAUCAUCGGAGAAGGCAUCGCCGUCAUUGGAAACCGAGUUCAACAAGACAUGUCAUCUGAUACUGCAAAGGAAGAUGCUUCUGUUGUUGAUUCAUCAGUGACUGAAUGGAAACAUGACCUGGGGAAUUUGGACGAUCGAGGCACUUGCUCUGUGGUUCAAAAAGGAGGACUCAUCAUCAGUCCCUUGAAUGAUUGCGAUCCAAGAAAUGAGGCUAUACUUGGUGUGUUCAUGAAGACUAGGAUUCGAUGGAGUUCUAUUUCUCGCCAGGCAGCUCGUGGUGAAGUUAUCAUGUUGCAAUCCCCACAGCUAGCGUAA